AUAUGCAACAUUUGAAUCAAACAUACUCCCUUCCCUUCCCCAAAGUUCUCCAGGGCGCGGUCUUUAAUAGAUUCAAAUGGCUUGUUGAAACUUUUGCUCCAACAAAUCCCAAUCUCAAAAUCCAUGAAUGGGAAAUUAAUUUUCUGAAUCAAAUCGUCAAAUCUUCUAUUGGGUUUCUUCUCCUCAUGGAUUCUGAUACUCCUCGUGCACGCAUUGAGCAAUUCUUUGCUUCGAAAAAGAAGAGGAAGUCCUUAUCACCGAGUCUGAUACCUGCAAGAGCCAAGAAAGAUGUUAAGACUUCACAGGAAGGGUCUCCUAGCACGAAAGGUUCGUUGGAUGGGUAUUUAGUGACUUCUCAGUAUGAUAGUAAACCUUCAAACAAAGAUAAAAGUACACCGGCUAAGAGAAACCUCACGUUAGAGAUUGGUCCAUAUCUAAAAGAUGAGAAUAAAGAGUGUACUUUUUUGGUCGAAGCACAAUCUACAACUUCCAAAACAAAAACUUCAAAGGAAAAGUCCGAUAUUCCCCCUGACUCACAUGUUGUUGAAAAUAGAGGUCAUGGAGAAGAUGUGUUGGUUACUACACAGGUUACUGGAAACUCAGAACUUAAGCAGUUUGCUACGAACAUCUUGUCAUUAUAUUGCAGUGAGCUGCCAUCUAGUUCAAGUUUACCUUCAGCGCAACGUGAGGGUGCUAGUAAAAUGAGUGGUAGUCCUUCCACUCUUGAUGUGGAUGAGAAGAAUGCGAAGAGAAUCCGCUGCAUCUCAAGUGAAAGUAAUUCUAAUAUCAACAGAAGAUUUAAUUCUGAGUGCACAACUUUAAAUUCUAUAGAGAUAACAGAGGGGAAUACAUCAGGUGAAGCUCGGAUAAGCUUGAGAAAAUGUAACAAUGUACCUGUCACUGGGUCAACUGACUCUGAGACACCUGGUUCAACAUCUACAAAGCUUCAUAUUGGUGUUACUCCCAGGUCAUCUCGUAGUAGCUCCAUUUUUUCACCUGGAGAAGCAUUUUGGAAUGAAGCAAUUCAAGUUGCUGAUGGUUUGUUUGCCGAAAGUGAUAAGUUUUCUUCCCAAGCAGCAGUAGAGUCUGAUGCUUUGAAAACUCUUAAUGAGGUAAUCAAUUCCAAUGGUCCUGGAAAUGGAGAGUGUGGCAGUAAGUCCCACCAAAUAUUUAAUGAAUGUAUAGAGACUGUUUCUGAUGCCGGUGCUGUUUCUGUUGUUUGUUCAUUAAGGAAGUUGGGGAAGGAUCUGGAUAGAGAGAAGUCCCCAAUGCCUGUUAAGCAUUUUGAUUUUGCCUCUGACGAAAAAAAUUUCGAUGCUGUACAAUGUCACAGAAGUAACAUGGACAUCCAGACUAUUAGUGGCAAAAGAAUUGGGCCCCAAGAUCAUGUAUGUUUGAGUAGCUAUCCUGUUCUCAGCCCUCUCAAGGCAGUUCAAGCAAAAGGCACUAUCCCUGAAGUUCAAAACAUGACUCCAGAAUGUCCUGUUUCUAAGGGUAACAGGGAUGUGCUUAUCCCUGAAGUUCAAAACACUACUCCAGAAUGUCCUGUUGCUAAGAGUAACAGGGAUGUGUUUAUUCAGGAUACUGAUAUAAUGGCAUCAACUACACGUCCGGAGAAACUUAGUAGUUGUACAGCUAAUUCCUUAUCAAGUGAAAACUAUACUCCUUCAAGUAUUGCACCACUAAAGAAUGAUUUAGAUCUCAACCACUGGCUACCUUCUGAAAUAUGCAACGUUUACAUGAAAAAGGGUAUUUCAAAAUUGUACUCAUGGCAGGUUGAUUGUCUUCAAGUGGAAGGAGUUUUGCACAGCCGGAAUCUCGUAUAUUGUGCUUCUACCAGUGCUGGUAAAAGUUUUGUUGCUGAGAUAUUAAUGUUACGGAGAAUUUUAUCAUCCAGAAAAAUGGGUCUUCUUGUACUUCCAUAUGUAUCCAUUUGUGCAGAGAAGGCAGAACAUCUUGAAGUCCUUCUGGAACCAGUUGGGAAGCAUGUUCGCAGUUAUUAUGGUAAUCAGGGAGGUGGUAGUCUCCCAAAGGAUACCUCUAUUGCUGUCUGCACUAUUGAGAAGGCAAAUUCUUUAAUUAACCGACUGCUAGAAGACGGUCGUUUGUCAGAGCUUGGUAUCAUAGUGAUUGAUGAACUCCACAUGGUUGGAGACCAGAGUAGGGGUUAUCUAUUGGAGUUGAUGUUGACCAAGCUUCGUUAUGCAUCUGGUGAAGGCAAUACAGAGUCAUCCAGUGGAGAAACUUCAGGUACGAGCAGCGGAAAAGUUGACCCUGCUGGCAGUCUCCAAAUUGUUGGCAUGAGUGCAACUCUGCCCAAUGUGACAGCAGUCGCCGAUUGGCUUCAAGCAGCUUUGUAUCAGACCGAGUUUCGACCUGUUCCAUUGGAAGAAUAUGUAAAAGUAGGCAACACAAUUUAUAACCAAAAAUUGGACAUUGUCAGGACAAUCUCGAAAGCAGCUGAUCUUGGAGGUAAGGAUCCAGAUCACAUUGUGGAGCUCUGCAAUGAGGUUGUCCAAGAAGGCCACUCAGUACUAAUUUUCUGCUCAAGUCGCAAAGGAUGUGAAUCUACUGCUAGGCAUGUGGCAAAGUAUCUUAAAAGAUUUUCCUUGAAUCACGUGAGCAGCCAAAAUGACUCAAUUGAUAUUACUUCUGCAAUUGAUGCUUUGCGAAGAUCUCCAGCUGGGUUGGAUCCUAUUCUGGAAGAGACUCUUCCUGCUGGUGUUGCCUAUCACCAUGCUGGACUCACGGUUGAGGAAAGGGAAACAGUUGAAACCUGUUACCGCAAAGGACUUGUACGUGUUUUAACAGCUACAUCAACCUUAGCUGCAGGGGUUAAUCUUCCUGCUCGGAGAGUUAUUUUUCGACAACCGCGUAUUGGUCGUGACUUUAUUGAUGGCACAAAAUACCGACAGAUGGCUGGUCGGGCUGGUCGGACGGGUAUAGAUACAAAGGGAGAGAGUGUUCUGAUCUGCAAACCAGAAGAGGUCAAACGAAUAACGGCACUUGUUAACGAGAGCUGUCCACCAUUGCAUUCUUGUUUAUCCGAAGAUAAGAAUGGGAUGAUCCACGCAAUAUUGGAAGUUGUUGCUGGUGGUAUUGUUCAAACAGCUAGUGAUAUUAACCGAUACGUUAGGUGUACCCUUCUCAAUUCAACCAAACCAUUUGAUGACGUGGUUAAAUCAGCACAAGAUUCACUUCGCUGGUUAUGCCAUAAAAAAUUUCUUGAGUGGAGUGAAGAUACCAAGUUAUACACAGUCACACCUCUUGGUCGUGCAUCUUUUGGCAGCUCUCUCUCUCCUGAAGAAUCACUGGUUGUCUUGGAUGAUUUGAUUAGAGCGAGGGAAGGAUUUGUGCUUGCAUCUGAUCUUCAUGUUGUUUACUUAGUGACACCCAUUAAUGUUGAUCUUGAGCCUGACUGGGAACUGUAUUACCAGAGGUUCAUGGAGUUGUCUGCACUGGAUCAGUCAGUUGGCAAUCGGGUUGGAGUUCAAGAACCCUUUUUGAUGCGAAUGGCUCAUGGUGCACCAGUUCGUACAUCGUAUGGGUCAAAGGCUGGUACUAAAGGGCUUCAGGGAAAGUUGGAUAACAGAUCUCUGAAUGACCAUAUGCUCUCAGAUGAGCACAUGCUUCGCAUCUGUAGGAGAUUCUUUGUGGCUCUUAUAUUGUCAAGGCUCGUGCAGGAAGUGCCGGUUGUUGAGGUUUGUGAUGCAUUUAAGGUCGCAAGGGGUAUGGUUCAGGCCUUACAAGAAAAUGCUGGAAGGUUUGCCUCGAUGGUUUCUGUUUUUUGUGAGAGGCUUGGUUGGCAUGACCUUGAAGGCUUAGUAUCGAAAUUCCAAAAUCGUGUCUCAUUUGGAGUGAGGGCAGAGAUUGUAGAGCUUACCACCAUUCCAUAUGUUAAGGGUUCCCGAGCUCGAGCACUAUAUAAAGCUGGUUUUCGAACACCUGAAGCAAUUGCUGAAGCAUCAGUUCCUGAUAUUGUCAAAGUACUUUUUGAAUCUUCAUCAUGGGUUGACCAAGGUUCUGCACAGCGGAGGAUCCAAGUAGGGGUUGCAAAAAAGAUAAAAAAUGGUGCACGCAAGAUUGUUCUUGAUAAAGCUGAGGAAGCAAGGCUUGCUGCAUUCUCAGCUUUCAGGUCGCUUGGACUUGAUGUUCCAAUGCUUGCGCAGCCUGUCAUAUCUACUGCUGCUGGACAUGCUGCUCACAAAGAAGCUAGUACCUCCUCUGCAGAAGGGUCAACUAGUAGCUUUGUUAGCCUGGAGAACGCAAAGCAAGUCUUCUCCACGUCCUUAGAAAGAAGUAAGGAGGUCAAUAUCACUAUUCCUGAUGCAGGAGCAGAAAAUGCAAAAAGGAAAACAGUGGUUGACAAAGAGACAUUUGAUGUAGAAGGAUCUAAUGGCCUUAAUGGCGAAGUUAAUGAAACUGCUCAUCAAAUUGAUAAUGCAAAGACUUCCCCUUAUCCAACUUUAAAAAUUAAGAGCAUCGAAAGAGGUGGUACGUGUACCAAUCAUAAUCUUGCUGGGAAACAACACUGUGAAGGAGCUGAGAUAUGUAAUGGAAGAGUCAAAGAAACAUCAGAGAAGGGUCCUAUGAAUGCUAAUGCUGUUGCUGGUGGAUUUGAUUCUUUCCUGGAUCUCUGGGAAACUGCUGGGGAGUUCUACUUUGAUGUCCAUUUUAGCAAAAAGUCUUCACUGAACAGCAUUGCCCCAUUUGAAAUAUAUGGCAUAGCCAUUUGUUGGGAAGAUUCUCCCGUAUAUUAUGUAAAUCUUCCGAGGGACUUAUUUUGGUCCAACAGCAGAAGGAAUAGCCAAUCACUGCCCGUUACCGGUGGUGAUAUUGGGAAUGUUCUACCACCAAAUCUUCAGUGGGAGAUAGCAAUGCACCGGUGGAAUAGAAUUAGUACCAUAAUGAGGAAAAAAGAUAUAAAGAAGUUUACAUGGAACUUAAAAGGUCAGAUUCAGGUACUCAAGCAUCCUACUGUUUCAAUUCAGAGAUUUGGUGGGUUGAGUCUUUUGCUCAAAUCUCUAGAAGUGGAUCUUAUUGACAACAAUUGCUAUCUGUUAUCUCCUGUUCUCGUUCAAGAUGCAAUUGACUUGUGUAUAGUAGCUUGGGUGCUUUGGCCUGAUGAGGAGAAAGGUUCUAACCCUAGUAUAGAAAAGGAAGUAAAGAAAAGGUUAUCCGCUGAUGCUGCUGCUGCUGCUAAUCGAAAUGGUAGAUGGAAGAAUCAGAUGCGACAAGUUGCUCAUAAUGGUUGUUGUCGUCGAGUAGCACAAACACGAGCCUUGUGUUCUGUUCUAUGGAAACUAGUCAUUUCUGAAGGACUUGUUGAGGCACUUGGAGCAAUUGAAAUGCCAUUGGUCAAUAUUCUUGCAGACAUGGAACUCUGCGGAAUAGGUGUUGACAUGGAAGGAUGCCUAAAGGCACGACAAAUUCUGGGAAGGAAGCUGAAGAUUCUGGAAAAGGAAGCUUACAAGUUGGUUGGCAUGACUUUCUCAUUGCACACAGCAGCAGAAAUUGCGAAUGUACUCUAUGGGCAUCUACAGCUUCCUAUUCCAGAAGGAUGUAAAAAAGGAAAACAGCACCCUAGUACUGAUAAGCAUUGCUUGGAUUUGCUGAGGAAUGAGCACCCGAUAGUUCCUAUAAUUAAAGAGCACCGUACACUAGCAAAACUCUUGAAUUGUACAUUGGGGUCCAUUUGUUCACUUGCUAGACUAUCUAUGAGGACACAAAGGUACACACUACAUGGUCAUUGGCUCCAGACAUCAACAGCAACAGGGCGACUGUCAAUGGAGGAACCUAACCUUCAGUGUGUUGAACAUAUGAUUGACUUCAAAAUGAAUAACGAGGAUAAAGACCUUUGUACGCUAGAUGUCAACAAUUAUAAGAUCAAUGCUCGUGAUUUUUUUGUAUCUACUCAGGAGAAUUGGUUACUGUUAACAGCAGAUUAUUCCCAGAUAGAACUGAGAUUGAUGGCCCAUUUCUCUAAAGAUUCCUCGUUGAUCAAGUUGCUUAGUGAACCCCAAGGUGAUGUCUUCACUAUGAUUGCUGCAAAAUGGAUAGGUAAAACAGAGUCCAUUGUGAGUCAGGAGGAGCGAGAUCAAACUAAAAGGUUGAUUUACGGCAUUCUUUAUGGAAUGGGAGCUAAGAGCCUUGCAGAACAAAUUGAUUGUAGUUCAGAUGAAGCUGCUGAAAGAAUCGAAAGCUUUAAAAGAUCUUUUCCUGGUGUUGCUUCCUGGCUACAGGAAGCAGUUACAUCCUGCCGUGAGAAAGGUUAUGUAGAGACCCUCAAGGGACGAAAGCGUUUCUUGGCAAAAAUAAAAUUUGGAAACAGUAAUGAAAAGUCUAAAGCUCAGAGGCAGGCUGUGAAUUCUAUCUGCCAGGGUUCAGCUGCAGACAUUAUCAAGAUUGCAAUGAUAAACAUCCACCAUGCGCUUGAUCAUUUUGAGAAGUCUCCGUCCCAUCCUACGGCUGAUGAAAAGUUUCAUGUGCUUAAAGGACGUUGUCGGAUCAUUUUACAGGUUCACGAUGAAUUAGUACUUGAGGCUGAUCCUUCUGUUGCAAAGGAUGCUGGAUUGUUGUUGCAGAUGAGCAUGGAAAACGCUGUUUCUCUUCUUGAAUUGAUAUUCGAGUUUGUGCUUAGAUUAGUUCAUAUGGGUUUGUCUGCCAGUUCCACUGCAUGUGAAACUGAAGAUUGGGAGCACGUGGGGAUCGUUGGAGCCUUUCCAGGCAAGAGAAUGAAUAGGUUUGUCUAAGUGUGGACAUCUGUUCGUAUAGUUUAAAACUAUCAGUUGUUUCAUGCUGUUCAAACAGUAUGAACAGUGGUUAUUUCCAGUUUCCCCUCAAACAAGAAGACAGUCUAUCUGACAGACUAAGCAAUGAUGUUCACAUGGCAUGCAGCGGUUACUUGAAGGAAGUGGAAAGGACAGAGGAAGGGGCUUCUCUCUUAAUUGGAAAAAUCUGCACUUGUUGGUGCUCUGGUAAUUACUUUCGAACUAUGACAUGAAGUAACCAAUAUUGUGAUGAGGGUGCUCAGAACCAAGGCCAUAUUCAGUACUUUUAAGAGCAUUAGAUGUCGAGGCUUUUUCCUGAUCGUCUCCCGAGCAUGCUGCUUCACCACGUUGUAAGCCGACGGAGCAUCUUAGAGAGGGAAUGUGCUAAAUUAAUGGUUAAGAAUUUUACCUCACUCAUGUAGAUCUCAGAGAAAGCGGAUGCUGGAUAUUGAAGUGUCAAUUAAUGGCAGAGCAAUACCUAUCAUGAGAUCAAAAGAGUUGGUCCAAGUGGUGGAAGACUUCUAGGUGCUUAAUUCUUGAUGCUUAAGUUUCAAAUCCUACUGGAGCCUUGUGGCUUGACUCAUGCUCUUUAGUUUUGCCAUGAAUGGUUUCAAUGGGGUUUAUUGGUCCCCAAAAACCCAAUAAAUAAGGGAAAAAUAAAAUUUAGAGGGAAACAAUGAGCAUAGGAUAAUGACUUCUCCAUUGGCUAUAAGCCUUCAAAGCUUAGUUGAGGGCUCGAGGCGGAUCUCCUAGAACAUUUUGGGGUUUUAUGGAUUGUCGUGCGAGGGUAUUGAAUGUCUACUGGUGCAUUUUCUGCUCUAUAUUCCCUGACAUCUAAUGUUUGUGGAAUUGGUUAAUGGUGUUUGAGAAAGUUAAUUGCUGUAUUUUUGUCUCUCUUAUGGAGGAACAGCCUGGGACCUGGAAGAUCCACAUGCUGUCACAUCGGUAACAGAGGGUAGAGAUAGAUCAAUCUCAGGGGGUUGGGUUCUGAAGGCAUGCCACAGUGUAAGCUACUUUCUUGGCAGUCAAAUUUUGAAAUAUAGACCCCGCCCAGAAAGGCUGUUUUCAUUGCUUGGAAGACCUCAUAGGUAAGUUACUGUGAUGCGAGAUAACUACGGAAAAUUCAAUUUUGACUUGCAUUUCUCUAGGUUGGUGUUUGUAUUGUAAAGGUGCAUGGAUAAAAACUCUGGCACUUUGAAUCUGCUUGGUGCUCGACGGAGACAAUUAGAGGAGUUUGAUGGCAAGUGGAAUCCAGAUGGUGUUUGUAUUGUAAAGGUGCAUGGAUAAAAACUCUGGCACUUUGAAUCUGCUUGGUGCUCGACGGAGACAAUUAGAGGAGUUUGAUGGCAAGUGGAAUCCAGAUUAAUUGAAGUCUACUUUUGCUUUAGGCAGACUAUUGAUGUUUUUGUACCUAGCAGAGAUAGGUGGAAGAACACACAGAAAUAAGAGUUCAAGGUUGUCUUGAAACCAUUGAACUAAUAGAAAUAGAAAACAAUGUUGGCUUAGAUCCAGGAUCUUCCCUUAUUAACAUGGUUUUUGAGCUAUAUUUAUUUAAGGAAAUAGAAAAAUAAAGCAAGAUGAGUUUACGUAGAACAUUUCCUUAACCAGUUUCCAUGUGGCAAUUACUUCAUAAUAAAUCCCAGUGGAUGUAAUUUAAAAAAAAAAAAAUCCCAGUGGAUAGCAGUGGUACUUUAUGCAGUGUUCGGCUGCUUGUGUUGUAAACCCAAAUUGAGA